AAGCGACACAAUUCAUUCAGUAAAUUACAAAAUAAGAAGAAACCAAUUGGGUUAAAUAAGUCUUAAAUUAUGCCAAAUAAUCAAUAUGCGGACGCCAACCCCACCAACUUAUUAAAAGGUCGGUCUUCUUUCUAACGCCAGCAUUGCUUGCUGGUAAUAUUUUGGUUCCUUGGCAAGUAGCCUACCACAACCCCUUCUGACCUUUUUCCACAAUUUUGCAGCUCUAAGCUUCUUGUUUAAUCUCUUCACAUUACAAUGACAUAUAAACCUGUCUCUGUCAUGUCGUAGCAUUUUGUUAACCAAAACUCACAAAUUGUCAAAUUUCUGCUCCACUUUUUCCUAUAUAAUACUCUCAGAGCCAUUUCCAACGAAAAAAAUACAAAAAGAAGUUCUACUACAGCCCAUUUGUCUCAAAUUUCUGGUUCUUGAAAAAGUGUGUUCAAUGGCUGAUGUUAGUGGCAGUACUUUUCAACUUAGUGUUAAGCACAAUGAACCAACUUUGGUGCCACCUGCAGAGGAGACGGAAAAGGGUUUAUAUUUCCUGUCUAACCUUGACCAAAACAUUGCUGUAAUAGUUCGGACUAUUUACUGCUUUAAGUCUGAUGUUAGAGGAAAUGAGGAUGCUAUGGAAGUUAUUAAAAAUGCUUUAUCAAAAGUUCUUGUUCCUUACUAUCCUCUUGCCGGGCGGUUAACGAUUAGCUCGGAAGGGAAGCUUAUAGUGGAUUGCACUGGAGAAGGUGCUGUUCUUGUCGAAGCUGAAGCGAAUUGCGCUUUAAUGGAGAUAGGCGACACUACGAAACCCGACCCUGUCACGCUCGGGAAGUUGGUUUACGACAUUCCUGGUGCGGAAAACAUAUUGCAGAUACCUCCUUUGGUCGCUCAGGUGACUAGAUUCAAAUGUGGGGGAUUUGUUCUAGGACUGUGUAUGAACCAUUGUAUGUUCGACGGAAUAGGUGCAAUGGAAUUUGUGAAUUCAUGGGGUGAAUCUGCAAGAGGCUUGCCUCUGAAGGUACCUCCAUUUACAGACAGAAGCAUACUGAAACCUCGUAACCCGCCCAAGAUAGAGUUUCCACAUCAUGAAUUUGCUGAGAUUGAAGAUAUAUCAAACACCAGCCAGCUUUAUGAAGAAGAAAUGCUUUACAGAUCCUUCUGUUUCGAUCCUGAGAAGCUUCAACAUCUCAAGAAAAAAGCUAUGGAAGAUGGAUCCAUUUCUAAGUGCAGUACUUUCGAAGCUCUUUCAGCAUUUGUAUGGAGAGCUAGAUGCCAGGCACUCAGAAUGCUACCUGAUCAACAGACAAAACUGUUAUUCGCUGUCGAUGGACGGUCUAGAUUCAUGCCACCAAUUCCUGAUGGCUACUUUGGUAAUGCAAUUGUCUUAACUAAUUCUCUCUGUAAAGCCGGCGAGUUAUCCGAAAACAAUCUGUCAUUCGGAGUAAAGCGAGUUCAGGAGGCAGUUAAUAUGGUUGGUGACAGCUAUAUGAGAUCAGCAGUAGACUAUUUUGAAGUUACAAGAACCAGACCUUCUCUUGCUGCAACACUUUUAAUCACAACAUGGUCUAGGCUAUCUUUUCAUACUAGUGAUUUUGGGUGGGGAGAGCCUGUUUUAUCAGGGCCUGUUGCCUUGCCUGAGAAGGAAGUAAUUUUAUUUCUUUCUCAUGGAAAAGAGAGGAGAAGCAUCAAUGUUCUUCUGGGUUUGCCAGCUUCUGCCAUGAAAAUCUUUCAAGAACUAGUGGACAUUUGAUGAGCAAUCAAAAACAUCUGUUUUUUUGUUGUUGUGUGUUUGUAAUACUUAAUUCAACACUUUGAUCUUCUGCUGUAUUAGUUCAAUGGAUUAUUUGUAUUAUGUUUUCAUCAAUUAUAGUAUGUACCCAAAUAAAUAUGAAGCUUAACGGAUCAGUAAAAUCAAAUUCUUUCGACUUA